AUGGCCACAGUUGGUCCCCAGUUCAUAUACUUCACCAGCCACAGGAAGAAUGCUAAACUGGCAAGACGAAGUCAAGAAAGAGAGAAUCUUGGCAUGCUGGUCUGGUCACCUAAUCAGAAUCUUUCAGAGGCAAAAUUGGAUGAAUACAUUGCAAUUGCUAAAGAGAAGCAUGGGUACAACAUGGAGCAGGCCCUUGGGAUGCUGUUUUGGCAUAAACAUAAUAUUGAAAAAUCAUUGGCUGAUUUGCCCAACUUUACCCCCUUCCCAGAUGAGUGGACGGUGGAAGAUAAAGUCUUGUUUGAACAAGCUUUUAGUUUUCAUGGGAAAACUUUUCAUAGAAUCCAACAAAUGCUUCCUGACAAAUCUAUUGCAAGUCUAGUGAAAUUUUACUACUCCUGGAAGAAGACAAGGACUAAAACCAGUGUGAUGGAUCGCCACGCUCGGAAACAAAAACGGGAGCGAGAGGAAAGUGAGGAUGAACUGGAAGAAACAAAUGGAAAUAAUCCCCUUGACAUUGAGGUUGAUCAAAACAAGGAGAGCAAAAAGGAGGUACCCCCAGCCGAGACACUUCCUCAGGUCAAAAAAGAAAAACAUAGCACACAAGCUAAAAACAGAGCGAAAAGGAAACCUCCAAAAGGCAUGUUUCUUUCUCAGGAGGACGUGGAGGCCGUCUCUGCCAACGCCACCGCUGCCACCACGGUGCUGCGACAACUGGACAUGGAGCUGGUUUCCAUCAAACGACAGAUUCAGAAUAUUAAACAGACAAACAGUGCUCUUAAAGAAAAGCUUGAUGGUGGAAUAGAACCCUAUCGACUUCCAGAGGUCAUUCAGAAAUUUAACGCACGUUGGACCACAGAAGAGCAACUUCUUGCCGUACAAGCCAUCAGGAAAUAUGGCCGAGAUUUUCAGGCGAUCUCAGAUGUCAUUGGGAACAAAUCAGUGGUACAAGUGAAAAACUUUUUUGUAAAUUAUCGACGCCGCUUCAACAUAGAUGAAGUUUUACAAGAAUGGGAAGCAGAGCAUGGCAAAGAAGAAACCAAUGGGCCCAGUAACCAGAAACCUGUGAAGUCCCCAGACAAUUCUAUUAAAAUGCCCGAAGAGGAAGACGAGAACAGAGCAUUGCCCAGCCAGCCCUGCCCCAUCCUCACAGCCAGUGUAGUCAAGGUGCCCACUCUUGCAGCUGUCGGUCUAACUUAUUGA